AAAAACAAGAAAAAUAUUGAAUAGUUGAUGGAUUUAUGAUCAUAAUAAUGGAAUAUGCAUGAUAUAUAAUUUUGAAUAAAUAAAAGUCGAUCAAGAAAUAUCGCCAUCGGCCGCGGCCACCGUGGUAAGCUAGAGAGCAGAUUUCCGGUCAAUGAUACAUACGGCUUUUGUACGAGGUAUGGUACGACCUAGCUAUGUAGUACAUGCUGCAUGCAAUGGGAAGGCAGGAGAGACCAGAGAGAGAUGAAUUGGUACUGACCCACUGACGGAACGUCCAGUCCUGUGAGUAUGAUGAUGAGCAGUACAACACGCAGCAGCAACAACAACAAUGCGGUCAAAAGUGGUGGGGAUGAGCUGUUGCUAAAAGGGGGUACUAGCUACCAUCAUCCCCGUAAUGAGAGCAUAGCAGAGAGUGGCAGCAAUAAUGCCGCAACAGCAGCUGCGAGCUUGAAGCCCCAUACUGGUGGUGACGGCCGAUGGGACGCCAUUAACUUAGUAGCAGCAACAACAGCAGCAAAGGCAGCAGGUGGCCUUGGGCUGAACAAUUUCCGACUGCUGAAGCGACUGGGGUAUGGAGACAUUGGAAGUGUGUACCUGGUUGAGCUCCGGCGAACCAACACGUUCUUUGCAAUGAAAGUAAUGGACAAAGGGUCUCUGGCGAGCAGAAACAAGCUGAUCCGAGCUCAAACGGAGAGGGAGAUCUUGGGCCUGCUGGACCACCCCUUCCUACCCACCUUGUAUUCCUACUUCGAGACCGAAAAGUUCUACUGCCUGGUGAUGGAGUUCUGCAGCGGAGGCAACCUCCACACCCUCAGGCAAAAGCAGCCCAACAAGCAUUUCAGCGAGGAGGCGUCCCGCUUCUACGCCUCCGAGGUGCUCCUCGCGCUCGAGUACCUCCACAUGCUCGGCAUCGUUUACCGGGACCUCAAGCCGGAAAACGUGCUAGUCCGAGAUGAGGGCCACAUCAUGCUGUCAGAUUUCGACCUCUCGCUUCGCUGCUCUGUCAACCCCACUCUCGUCAAGUCCUCAUCCGUGCAUAAUCAUGCUACCGCAAGCAGCAGCAGCGGGAUCUCAGCAACAGAUGAUGAGAGCGCUGUUGCAGCUGCGCAGGCGGGGUGCAUCCAACCAUCAUCCGCCUUCUUGUUCCCCCGCGGCAUCCUCCCCACCAGCAAAAAGAACCGGAAGUCCAAAUCAGACUUCGGGCUGCUCGUUGCUGGGUCGCUCCCCGAGCUGAUGGCGGAGCCCACCAACGUGCGCUCCAUGUCUUUCGUGGGCACCCACGAGUACUUGGCCCCUGAGAUCAUCCGCGGAGAGGGCCACGGCAGCGCCGUGGAUUGGUGGACUUUCGGAAUAUUCUUGUACGAGCUCCUCCACGGGAUGACCCCAUUCAAGGGCUCUGGGAACCGUGCAACCCUCUUCAACGUGGUGGGGCAGCCUCUGAGGUUCCCGGAUGCCCCGCAAGUGAGUACGGUGGCCCGGGAUCUCAUCCGGGGCUUGCUCGUCAAGGACCCCCACAAGCGGAUCGCCUACAAGAGGGGAGCCACCGAAAUCAAACAACACCCUUUUUUUGAGGGAGUGAAUUGGGCACUGGUGAGAUCUGCCCUUCCUCCCUAUAUCCCCGAACCUGUCGACUAUUCCGUAUUCGCCCACUCCUCACCUCCUUCGCCCCACCACAACCAGCAGACGAUGCCUCCUGAAAUCGGAUUAGAAACCCACACCAUUUCCACCCCUCCCAAUUCCUCUCCCUCUCCCUACAUUGAAUUUGAGUACUUUUGAUUUACUUCACAUUCAUGCAUGUUUUUUAUAGAGAAAAAAUGGAGAGGGGGAUGCCGCCGGUUAUACGUACUUAACUAGUCAUGUAAAUGAAUUUGUUCAUACUCAUCGAUUUGCACAUUAUUGUUCCCAUUUCAUAAAACUCGUGGAUAUUUGUUUUCUUAUUCGUU